ACCCCACCUUCCAUCACUACGCUGACCGCCCUGAUCGUGUCGUUGAAUCUGGACAAAAGGUUUUCAUCGUGACACACCAGACCAUGGACAGGAACAGGAAGUGGGUGCCGGGCUUUGGAGCUGUACUAUUGACACUUUUGGGUCACAUGACGUCAGCGCUGGAAGUGCCUCUUGAUCCUAAAGUACUGGAAGGAUUGCCCCAACCCCCCACGAUCACGCUACAGUCCCCGAAGGAUUACAUCUUUGAUCCGCGGGAGAACAUUGUCAUCCACUGUGAGGCGAAGGGGAAGCCUCAUCCCAGCUUUUCCUGGACGAGAAAUGGGACCCACUUCGACGUAGAGAAAGACUCCAAAGUUCUGAUGAAGCCCGGCUCAGGGACUCUGGUUAUUGACAUCAGCGGGGAAAAGGCCGAGGCCUACGAGGGGACGUACCAGUGUACGGCUCACAACGAGCACGGCACUGCCGUAUCCAACAGCAUUGUCAUCAGGCAGUCCAGGUCCCCCUUGUGGUCGAAAGAGAGAAAUGAGGCUAUCGUCGUGCAGACGGGGGUCUCCCUGGUGCUGCAGUGCCGACCCCCUGCAGGGCUGCCCCCUCCUGUCAUCUUCUGGAUGGAUAACAACUUCCAGAGGCUACCACUGGAUCAACGAGUGUCCCAAGCUCUGAAUGGAGACUUGUACUUUUCCAACGUUCUCCCAGAGGACACCAGGAGCGACUACAUCUGCUACGCUCGCUUCCCUCACACACAAACCAUCCAGCAGAAACAACCCAUCUCAGUCACCGUGCUGGACAACAGCCCAGAGGGGGAGCGUCGCCCCGGUUUCAUGUUGCCUCUGGGCACCACCAGCACCAAGAUGGUUCUGAAAGGGGAGACUCUGGAGCUCGAAUGCAUCGCCGAGGGCCUGCCCACUCCAGAGAUCUCCUGGCAGAAGGAUGGAGGAGAGCUGCCAGGCAGCAGGACGUCCUUUUUUAACUUCAAGAAAACACUCAAGGUUUCUGAGGUGAAUGAAGCUGAUGGUGGGGACUACCGCUGUACAGCCACAAACAACCUGGGCACUGUACACCACAUCAUCAAGGUCACUGUCAAAGCGGCUCCUUUCUGGGUCAGCGCUCCCAGGAACCUGAUCCUCGCCCCCAAUGAGACUGGCAUCCUGACUUGUCGAGUCAGUGGAGAGCCCAAACCCAAGAUUAGCUGGUUUGUCAAUGGAGUCCCCAUAGAGAAUGCUCCCGAGGACCACAGUCGAAAGGUGGAGGAUGACACUGUAAUUCUUAGCAAUGUCCAAUCAGGGUCCAGUGCCGUCUACCAGUGUAAUGCAUCCAAUGAAUUUGGCUACCUGAUGGCAAACGCUUUUGUCAACGUUCUAGCUGAGCCACCAAGGGUGCUCACUCCACCCAACCGAGUGUACCAGGUCAUCACUAACAACCCUGCGUUACUUCACUGCGCCUCCUUUGGCUCACCGAUACCAACCAUCACAUGCUCUAGAGUGAUUUUUAAUAUUUUCUGUGGUUCUUGGCUCCUUGGUGUGUUUACAGAGAAACCUGACCCUCCGACUGACCUGGAACUGACAGACCAGACAGACAGGAGUGUUCAGCUCACCUGGAUCCCUGGAGACGAAAACAACAGUCCCACACAAAAGUUUUUGAUUCAAUACGAGGAUCUGCUCCACCAGCCUGGAGUUUGGGUCAACCUGACGGAUGUUGCCGGUACCAGCACCACAGCGCAGUUAAGCCUCUCUCCGUAUGUCUACUACUCCUUCCGAGUCCUGGCUCUGAACGACGUUGGCUACAGUGAGCCGAGCCAGCCCUCAAGCCAAUACAGGACCAACCCUGCAGCUCCUGAUGAAAAUCCAUCGAACGUUAAGGGGGAAGGAACAAUGCCUGGCAAUUUAGUCAUCUCUUGGACACCGCUGACAGGAUUUCAGGCAAACGGGCCCGGUCUGGAGUACAAAGUGCAGUGGAGACAGAAGGACGUGGAUGGGGACUGGUCCUCGAAGACUGUGGCCAAUGUCUCCCAAUUUGUUGUGUCUGGAACUCCGACCUACAUACCCUAUGAGAUCAAGAUUCAAGCUUUGAAUGAUUAUGGCAAUGCGCCAGAGCCUGACGUAACGGUUGGAUACUCUGGAGAAGACUUGCCUCUGGCUGCACCUGACAGUGUGCAGAUCAUGGUUCACAACAGCACACUAGCAGAGGUACACUGGGAGCCUGUUGCUUUCCCCUCAGUCAGAGGAAGACUGCAGGGAUACAAGGUAUUGUGUUUUUUAAAUGAUUAUUUCUGCAGCAUUGGGAGUAUUUGGGUGUCCCUGGUGUGAGGGGUACUGCCAUUA